CAAAGCAUCAUCAAAAUCAUCAUCCAUCAUCCCCUCUCUCUCUCUCGCUCCUCUCCGUUUUCUUUUUAAUGUAACUUCUGACUGAUCGGGAGAGCAGGGAGCGUCUGGAAAGCCUGGUUCAUAUCUGAGGAAGGAUCUGCUCGCACGGUAGCCCGUUAAAGCUGGGCACACAGGACAGAGAGGAUCAGAUUAUAUUUAUACUUUUUGGAUAACGUUGCUUCCCUCUAUGUGGAUUUUGGCUCAGUGUUGUCUGUCUUUACGUUUCCCUCUGUGGAUGUUAUAGUGCAUUAUCUCGGUCUGAAUGAAGCUUUCUUUUUGGAUUUCCACCGCGCCGAAGCAGUUUCUGGGUGACUGGCCAUUUUUGACUUGUGAAGUCGCGCGUUAUAAUUAUAUUGCCGUUAUCUUAUGAGCUCUAUCCACAUUUGAAGCCGUAACUUGUAUUCUGUUUUGUCAGGCAAUGUCGCAUUUUCCUUGAACGUGCAAUUAGUAAUUCAUGCAGACAAAUCGUGUGCGUUAAUUAUCGCGUAAAAAGAGGAAAGUUGGGCGCGCAAAGUUUUGGAGACGGUAGAAAUGGCUAUGGUGGCGUGGAGAAACACCGAGGGCGUCGGGGACACCCAGGGGACCCUCUCCUCCCCGGUGUCCCAGGUCGCACCCCUGUCUCUGUCCGGGGAGCUGACUGGACACAUGAACCAGGCGACCUCUCUGGAAAUACCCCCGGCGGCAGCAGCACCCCAGGGCGCACCGCCGCCCAACCCGUCCAGCUCAACCACCGCGUCCACCACCACCACUACCAACAACAACAGCAACAACACCUCCUCUUCCUCCUCCUCCUCCUCCUCGUCCAUGGACAAACAGCAGAGCCAGCAGAUCGAGUGCAUCGUUUGCGGGGAUAAAUCCAGCGGAAAGCACUAUGGACAGUUCACAUGUGAAGGAUGUAAGAGCUUCUUUAAACGCAGCGUCAGGAGGAACCUGAGCUACUCCUGCAGGGCCAACAGGAACUGUCCCGUAGACCAGCACCACCGCAACCAGUGCCAGUACUGUCGCCUCAAGAAAUGCCUCAAAGUCGGCAUGAGGAGGGAAGGUACGGGCUGGCAUCCUCCUGUUGUCGCUUUCGCUGUACAGAGAGGCAGGAUUCCCACACAGUCCUAUCACGGUCAGUUUGCUCUGACGAACGGGGACCCUCUCCAAUGCCAUUCCUAUCUGUCGGGAUACAUCUCUCUGCUGCUGCGGGCCGAGCCCUACCCGACCUCCAGGUUCGGCUCUCAGUGCCUCCAGAACAACAACAUCAUGGGCAUAGAGAACAUCUGUGAGCUGGCGGCCCGGAUGCUGUUCAGCGCCGUGGAGUGGGCCCGCAACAUCCCUUUCUUCCCGGACCUGCAGGUACCGGACCAGGUGGCCCUGCUCCGCCUCACCUGGAGCGAACUGUUCGUCCUGAACGCCGCUCAGUGCUCCAUGCCCGUCCACGUCGCCCCGCUGCUGGCCGCCGCCGGUCUCCACGCCUCCCCGAUGUCCGCGGACCGAGUGGUGGCCUUCAUGGACCACAUCCGGGUCUUCCAGGAGCAGGUGGAGAAGCUGAAGGUGCUGCAUGUGGAUUCAGCGGAGUACAGCUGCAUCAAGGCCAUCGUGCUGUUCACCACAGAUGCUUGUGGUCUGUCAGACGUGGCCCAUGUGGAAGGUCUGCAGGAGAAAUCCCAGUGUGCUUUAGAAGAGUACGUGAGGAGCCAGUAUCCCAACCAGCCGAACAGGUUUGGGAAGCUGUUGCUCCGCUUGCCUUCCCUACGCACCGUCUCUUCUUCUGUCAUAGAGCAGCUUUUCUUCAUCCGUCUGGUGGGGAAAACCCCCAUAGAAACUCUGAUAAGGGACAUGCUGCUGUCUGGGAGCAGCUUCAACUGGCCUUACAUGCCUAUUCAAUAGAGGAGAAACUCUACAAUGGUGCUACUAAGGUCAGGAAAAGGUCCCACACCUCAAAUGAAGUCAUUUCAUCUACUGCAGCUUAAAAUGUUGAACAAGGAAAAAAACUGCCAGUGGAAUAAGAUAAUUACAGCCAUUUUCAAGGUAAAAAAAAAAAAAAAAAAUCAUAAUUUUUCUUGUAUUAACCGCCAUUUUCUUGACACCUGAGGAGUGAUCUGCCUUAUUCUGCAUUGUGUCGCUACGUUUCUAAAAACAUCCCUGAAACAAAUGAAGCGUACUGAAGAUGUAAUAUGAUCUGAGCCCACUGGCAGAAUUUUUUCACUUGUUUUAAGUUUAUUUUAUGAGAGAAUUUGAGAUGAAAUGACUGGUUUCGGUGGACAUUUUUUGCAGUGUGGUGACCACUCACAGUCUAUGUUUUUUUGGGGGGAUUACAAACAAUAUUUAUUGGACCCUGUGUGUAUAUUUAUCGUGCUUGUAAAUUAUGUUUCGGCUCCUUUUUUAAUGUUUUACGUAUUUUUGCCCGGGCUAGUGAGAAAACUGCAGGGAUUGUCUUGUGUCGAUCUUUUAUUUUUUUUGUUUGUUUUAUACCUUCCAGACAUGGCACUUUGGACUAAAGGAACAUUUCAGAAAGAUUUAACACAAGUGUUUGAAACCCAAACAUCUACUGAUUUCCAGCAGGUUCAUUUGACUUUAAGCUACUCGCUCAACAGUGUACAGACGGAGAGGAGAGAUUAACGCUCUGUCUGAGUUACGUUGGUUUCUAUUUGAAUUGUGGACGCACGAAGAAAAAAAAAAGCAAAAGAUAUUUGGAAACUGCACUUCUCAUGGUCAGUGUUAUGCUAAAUAAUGCAUUAUUUAUUAACCAUUUCAUGAGUAAUAUCUUUACUUUUUUUUACACAAAUAUUUCUUUGAAUAUUUUGGUUAAUUACUGGCAGCAGUAAUUAUUUCCUUUUCAAUUUCUACUAAUUUUGCUUUCGAAAAAAGUAAAAACAUUUUUUUUUCUUCCUGAAUGAUCAGAAACCAAACACAGCAUCAACGUCUGUUUUUUCUCCUGAUACUUGAUGAUUACAUGUUAUAAAAUUUUAACAUGGAGAAAAUCAUGUUAAUUUCUCAUCAAAACAGUGAUUUUUGUUCAUGUUUCUACCGUUUCUCAUCUAAACUAGUAGAUAUCAUGAUGACCUUAGUCUAAUAUUUUUAUAUAUGAAGGGACUGAAAACAGAUUUGUAUUCUUUUGACUGGUAACAGAUAAAAGUAAUGACAUUACUUUACUGGAUUAAUGAUUAAUGCAUUACCAAGCACUUCUAAUUCAUUUAUGUUUCCAGGUCUUUUACACUGACUGUCUCAGAGAGAUUUAAAAAUAUAUUGUUACAGUUUCUUAAUGAGAUAAACCAACUGUACACAACUUCCCAGGUCAAGUAACAAAUAUAUUCCAUGAUAAUUCAUGCAUUUAUGAGCCCAGGCCGCUUUAUGGCACAAUAGACCACUGCAGGGUAUUGCUGAACUGAAAGUGUGUGUAUGUGCGUGCAUGUGUGCAUGCAUCUGUGCGUGCGUGUGUGUGCGUGUGUGUGUGUGUGUGUGUAUGAGUGUGUAUUUGUGUUUACUUCUUUUUGACAACCACUCUGAUGUACUGUGAAAGCAUAUUGGUUAACAUAUUGGUACCGUAUUAAAUUAUAA